AUCAGUGCGAGAACCGGAGUGCGGAGCUAUGACAUCAAAAUUAUGUGAACACUUUCUGAUGUUUGGGCGAAGAUGGAAAGCAAUUGAUGGAGACGUUUCACGAAAGGACUGACUAAAAUUGACUCAAGAGAGGGUUUUUUCAUCGAAGAAUUCCAAAAAGCAGCAUCUGCGUUUUCGUUAUCAAAAUGUCAGGAAAAGUUCUUCUCGCUCUAUUUCUGCUCUUCGAACGAACGUUUGUGAAUUUUGCUUACGUUCCUAGAGAUAUUGCGGGAUUUCUAGAUCCUAUUGCUCCGCCCGCUCCCCCGCAAGUUGAAAUGUUCUGCCCCGGACUCUGCAAUCCCAUAUGUUCCCCAGCAUGCACUCAGAGCUGUUGUUACAACGCGCCUCGCUCUUUGCCUCACUUUGACGACCUACCUGCGAAUGGUCCGGAGUAUGGGUUGCAGACCUAUGGACGAAGAUCAAAACUUUCUCAUCCCUCUCACGAACCGACGGAAACGACGUACGGUUGCGAGAGUAAACAGCUUACAAUAAAGUGUAAAAAAAGAUCUCAUAAACUUGUGAUAACCGACUCAUUUUACGGACGCGAUGAUACGAAAAUAUGUCAUCACCCAGUUCUACCUUACGAAGCUUAUUGCCGAGGUGAAGAAGACAACGUGUUGAAGAAAGUACAGAAUUUGUGCGACGGUGAAAACGAAUGCAGCAUUGCCGUUAAAGACGGCUUGUUAUUACAAAAGGGGGUCCAGUUAUGCCCGAACGUGUAUAAAUAUCUUAAGGUGGACUACAUGUGCACGCCGCACGCAGAUAUUUACCUUAAUAACACUUAAGGGAAUUUAGAAAUACAUGAACGCGUGGCUCUUUUUGCUUGCUUUUCUAUUUCUAUAAAAUCAGUAGCUUCAUCAUCCAUUUUUGUUGUUAAAUAGAGUUUCGCCAUAUCAUUAAUUAUUCACAAGUUUCAACACCAUCGCUCUUUAUGUUAACAGUUGCAGUGACAAAGGUCUUUCCUUCUUUAACUGGUGCCAGCGGUCAAACUUGACUUGCAGGUCGUUUCACUAUUCAAAAAAAAAUUAAGUGAUAAGUCAAUAUUCAAAACAAUAUUAUUUUCAAUAUAUAUAGUCGGUCAAAAUUACAGCCCUUCAAUGUGAAUGCUAAGAGUGAUGGAUUUUGUUUGUCAAACGGUUCGAGAAGAUGUUGAUAACUCUACGUAAUUACAUGGAUGUUUGACGAGGAAUGAAUAAGUCGAGGCAAAUUUUUACAAGAGAUGACUUCAGGAAUUCAAGGACACGAAGGACAUCGAUAUGAUAAGACAAUGGUCAAUUAUCUUGAUUUUGUUUACUUUGCAAUGCACUCAUGAAUACAAAUAUGAAAUCUCCACUUUCACGGGUAAUCGGUUUGGUGCUGGCACUGACUCUAAUGUUUUUGUAAUCUUGUUUGGCGAUAAUGGCAACUCUGGAAAAGAGAUUUUGGAGCACAAAGGAAGGAACGACUUUGAACGAGGACAGAAAGACGUUUUUGUUGUGAAUUCUGCUGAUCUUGGAAGACUGAAAAAGUUGACAGUUGGUCACGACAACACUUGGCUUGGAGCGGCUUGGUUCCUCGACAAGAUAACGGUUAAAACACAGCAAGGCGUAACGUAUGAAUUUCCAUGCUACCGCUGGCUAGCUAGCAACGAAGGCGAAGGAAAAUUGAAGAUAAAUCUAGUUCCUAUUUUGACCUUCACUAAUGACGAACAAAACAGCGCCUUAUGUCGACAGCCCCUCGGUAUAUCAGACGGUCGAAUCAAGAACAUACAGCUGUUUGCUUCCUCCUCCGCCGAUGAAACUGAACAACCGUUUCAUGCGAGGAUUAAUAAGACCGUCUCAGGCUCCCGUGGCGGAUGGUGCUCGGCAUUUUCUGAUAACACAGAGUUCAUUGAAGUGGAUUUCUUGAAACCUCAUCUUGUCACAGGUGUAUCAACUCAAGGUCCAUCGCAACUCGACAACUGGAUUACAUUGUACGUAUUGAAAUUCAGCAAUAACAACACGUUGUUCGAACCAUAUACGGUGAACGGAUCGAUAAAGAAUUUUUCUGGUAAUGUGGAUCGAAACAGCAUCGUCACUCAUUGGCUAGAAAACCCCGUGACGUCGCGUUAUGUUCGCUUGGUUCCUCAAGCUAGGCAUGGCUCCACCAACUGUUUGAGGCUUGAAUUUUACGGGUGUGAGCCAGGAAACGGAUCUGUCAAAUCAAGUUACAAUGAUCCCGAUGCUCUGUUACAACAAGUUCUCUCGCAUGCUGUCGCGUACUUUCGGUUUGAAGACGAUAGAAAUGGUAUCAUUCACGAUGAUUCGAGCAAUACAAACGAUGGUAAGCUUCUCGCCCCAGCUUCCACGCCUGGUUUUAGUGAAACCUGUGGCAAAGGUCUACAGAUGAAUGGUGCCGGGGCUUUGCUCAUGUCCGGCAACACAUUCAAGGGGAAACCUACUUUCGCAAUCACUAUAGCAACCUGGGUAAACAUUCCCGAAAAAAGUGGAAAUGCGAACCUGUUUAGUACGGUUGGUGGUGCAGGUUCAACGUUUAAAUCAGAACAGUAUGGAUUCAAAAUUCAAAGUGGGAAGAUCAUUUGCUUGCAUCGUAACAAGGACGGCAAAUUGGUGUUCAAUAUCGCUAGUCACCAGUCUUUGAUCCCGCGUAUUUGGAAUCACGUGGCUUGCACGUAUGACUCGCAAUUGAAGCAAAGCGCUCUGUUCGUGAACGGCAAACAAGACGCCAUUGGAGGAGGUAAUGGCUUGCUGUCACAGGAUUGGGAAGGGCGAGCAAGCAUUGGGAGGAAUGGUGCCAAUUCUGGAUCGCAUGGUAGAAUGGACGAGUUCUUUCUUGCUGAUACGGCGCUAAAUGAAAAGGAAGUGAGUCGCCUGAUGGAUCAAUGUUUAUUUGAAAAGGAAUGUUAUUUCCCUCUUGGGAUGGAGAACAUGAAGAUUGACAAUGCUCAGAUUACGUCAAGUUCGGUGUUCGGUCUCCACAAGCCGUACUACGGACGCCUAAAUCUUCUUUCGUUUCACGGGGAUCCUUCUCGUAGCGCCUGGUGUGCAAUGUCCGAGGACAAAGACCCGUUUCUUCAAGUUGCGUUCGGUGAACAUACGAGUAUCUCCGGGGUUGCAGUUCAAGGGCUGUCAUUGUUUGAUAACUUUAUAACGAGUUUCCGUCUUUGCUACAGCAACGAUGGAAACGACUUUCAAUGCGUUCAAGAAUCAGGGAAUGAAAAAGCCUUUUUAGGAAACGACGAUAAAGAUUCUGUCCGUGUGCAGUGGCUAGAUGAGCCUGUAGAUGCGAGAUACAUACGGUUCUAUCCUCUAUCGUGGUAUGGCAACCAUAUUUGCAUGAGGGCUGAAGUUUACGGCUGUAGACGAGGGCUUCUGCACAACUCUGUGAACACCGAAGGAAAACAGCGAAGCGACACGAAUCGUGAAAUCCAACGACUCGUGAGCUAUGGAACAUGCAGUGUUGACUGCGGACACGGUACAAAGAAAAGGAAACGUCUUUGUGCCAGCGGUAUCUUAUGUCCCACAAGCACUGACCAUGUUUUCGACAGAGUACCUUGUUCAAAAGCUGCAUGUCCUGUGUGUUUUAAGGCUCUUGGUGUUGCGAGCGGCUUCAUACGAGACAACGCCAUGAUCGCAUCAAGCAGUAUGGAUGAUACAAUGCGACCGUAUUACGGUCGUGUUUUAAAGCCUGGCACUAUCAGCAAAACCUCCACGCAUGGCUGUUGGUGUGCAAGAAAAACGGAUGCUGCGCAGUUUUUGCAAGCGGACUUGGGUCAAGACAUGAUCGUCAAGGGUAUUGGCAUCCAAGGACAAGUGUUUGAAGAAAACUGGGUGACGAGUUUCAGAGUGACGUUUAGUCUUGAUGGAAUUUCAUGGAUGCCGUAUAUAAGAAAAAGAUUUCCGCAAGAGAAGGCAAUGUUUCUCGGUGCUGAUGAUAAAUCCACAGAAAUUGUGAGAGUACUCGACAGCCAGAUCGUCGCGAGGUUCGUCAGAGUUCAUCCACUCUCCUGGAACGCGAUUCAGAUUUGCAUGCGUAUGGAGUUAUACGGAUGUUCUACUAACGAGACAGUGGAGCCGAAUGGAGACAAUGUAUUGAAAAAAACUCUCGCUCCUUGCUGUGCAAAUAAGACGUCACCACUUCGCGUUCUGAAGCCCCUCCCCCAGAAGGAAAUAAGCAACUUAGGUGGAACCCCCCUGCCGGUCAUCGUUGAGUUAAACAACACUAUGGAAUUCCACUUUAUGAGGGACAAAGCAACUAGCAAAAAUUGGUUAAAAAAUUCAACACUCAUCGCCAGUGUAAACACGACGAUCUCCGGAAUUAAGGAGCUUUGCCUGAAGGCCGACGUACCCAGGCAUCUCUGCAAGGUUAGGGCGAUCAUGCAGACGAAAGUGCAGGAAACUGGAAACGAUGCUGGAAUUUUGGAAAUUUCAAAUAGCUCCAACCAGAAUCAAAUGAUGAAGUUGAUGAAAACAUCAAAUGAAACUCAACAACACAAUGCAACGCGACUAGAUGUCUCCGAAACUUCAAAUCUUUUGAGUGAUAAAGAUUCUCUGUCAUUUUCCAAAUCUCCAGCAAAAGCAACCCGUUUGGAGUUGAGUGGCAAUCAAAAAGAUCAGCCAUCACAUUUUCCCCCAACUAUUCUUCCCACACCAAACCCUCCGCCAUUACCUCCACCACCACCAUUACCUCCACCACCACUACUUCCACCACCACCACCUCCUCCACCAACAUCCCCACCACCACCACCACCUACUGUUCCACAACCACCAUCACCACCUCCACCACCUCCUCCACCACCUCCUCCACCACCACCUCCUCCACCACCUCCACCAUCACCUCCACCACCACCACCCACACCAUCACCACCACCAUCCACCUCCACCACCACCACCACCAUCCACCACCACCCUGACCACUCACCACCUCCACCACCACUACCUCCACCACCACCACCUCCACCACCACCACCACCACCACCACCCACAACAAUAUCGUAUGAUACACCCGAAACAUCGCUCCUCGAAUCGGUUCCUCCUGCAAUUGAUUCCUCUCAAUCACCACCUCCACCACCACCACCUCCACCACCUCCACCACCACCCACAACAGUAUCGUAUGAUACACCUGAAGCAUCGCUUCUCGAAUGGGUUCCUCCUGCGACUGUUGCCUCUCCAGAAAGUAUCGGUUAUGUUGAACCUACAAAACUGCCAGCGCCAACUUUCUCGGACGAGUCGAUGCAGGACUCGACGUUUUCAUCAAAGCCAGUGGCUCACGACAUUGCUUAUGAUGAUUUAUUGAAUCAAGUAUCCCAAGAUCCAAUACCCAAUCUUGGUGACGGAACCAUGCAAGCUACAAACCCUGCUCUUUCGCCAACAUACGACGAGAGUGUGCACCCCCCUGAUACAUUUCAACCGUCGGCUUUCAGUUACCCGUCUGCAUAUAAUGAUUUUCAAGCAACUAACGCCAUACCAUCCAACGAUUAUACUUCAUUGACCUACGACUGGUCGAGUUUUGCUCCGUGUUCCACCACCUGUGGUCAGGGAUAUAAGAGAAGAAUUCGACGAUGCAAAAUCCCACAUCGUUGUCCGGAUAAUUUCCAGGAAGACGUUCAGCUUUGUUAUAAUGCUCCAUGUAAUGAUGUCACUAGUAAUUGGUCGACCUACAGUGCGUGCAGUACGUCAUGCGGCGGUGGUUUCCAGAGUCGUUCAAGAGUUUGCACAGGUCGCGUUGCAUGCCCCCCGUCCGGAAAAGAAGUUCAAACUGUACCUUGUUUGAUUUCAAGUUGUCCUGUUUUGCAUUUCGACUUCAAAGAUGCCACACAAGAAGUCAUUCGGGACGUGUCAGGCAACGGCAACAACGCAUAUUUAGAGAAUGGUGCCACAAUACAACAGGCGAGCGAAGUGUGCGGGUUUAAGGCCGUACUGAGCCCGCGUGGUGACAUCUUAUUGGAAGACCUUCGUCUGGAAAAUAAACCGAAGGAAGCGAUAACCGUAGCAGCACGUUUGCGAUUGUUUGAUAUCGUCGGCUGGCAUUCGAUAUUUAGUACUGCAAAGACCACUGAAUCUGGGGAAAUUCGAGGCGGGUAUCAUUUCGAGGUCGACGACGGCAAGAUCCGAUGGUUUCAUCGCAAUCACGAAGAUCAACCGAUAUUCCAAGUGAUUACCUCCGAGCCCAUUAUACAGCCUGGCACCUGGUAUCACGUGAUGGGAACGUACAACUCUGCCUCAUUUAUGGCUAAGGUUUACGUUAAUGGCAUUGAAAGAGGCCAUUCUUCGGCAUCCGGGGAACUUGAUGUUAACUGGGGAUACAAGGCGUGUAUUGGGAGCUUCGAUUUCGACGGACGAUAUUUAAAUGGCGAAUUGGCUGACUUUCAAAUGUUCAAUUACGCUGUGGAGGACAAAUUUCAAAUUGAAGACAUGAUAAAAACUAGUUGUGAAAAACAGUCCUUCAAGAGGUCUGCGAUACGCCGACAUCACUCUUAAGUACGAGUUACAUUUGCAGCGGACCAUCAAAGGUUGUAUUGCAAUUAGAUACAGUGUUGUAUUGAAACAUUCAUAGUUUAUUUAUAAAUCAAUUUGUCUAGUAAAUCUUUGUCAUCGUUUUUUGUACAAAAUUUUAUGAUUAAAUAUUAUAAUACAUUAUGAUAGUAAA